AUGUUUAUAGCGAAAGCCUGUAGUUCUUUAUACACACUGCCAGUUGCACGCAGGCUCCGUUUUCAUACCCCCUAUGACAUGAGGAUGGGCCCAAGAAGCAUCGAAGAGCUUCUGUAUCAGAAACUUAUGCAAAGUGCUGGCUUCCACAGAUUUGUUCGGCGCGUUUACCUCAAGGUUAACGGAUUAGAAGAACCACUAAGCCACAGCAAAAUUGCAUACACCGCAGAGUCCGUAUUCAAACCAAAGCCCCAUCACAAAUUCAAGGCAUUUCGAGUUUUGUUCUGGGAUGAGAUGAGGUCAAUUUUCGGUCUUGAAAGGCGUUUAAAAGAUAGGUUUUAA